CCAUUGUUUUCAGCAGAAGUGUCAACCUUUCCUAUAGCUCAGCUCUGCUGGUGCAGACCGCUGUUAACGCAGGAGCAUACUGACGAUUACAUGUGAAACCAAGUUAAACUCACCAUGAAACACAUGGAGAGAAUUCGGGGCAUUUGCACUGUCCUGUACCUGGUUUGCGCGUUUGGUGUUUCCAACACAGAGCCAGAGUGGGGGGCCUGGGGGUCGGGGCUGGCGGAGCUGCUGCACAGCUUUCCUGCCGACAGUCCGUUCGUUGCUGCAGGAGUGUCAGUUAAUUGCUCCCAGCGUUUCUGGCUCCCUUCAUCCUCACCUACCUGCUGGGAGAAUGUGGCUGGACCGGAAGACUUUGAAAAGUCCAGAAUGAUGGUGCUACAGAACCGUGCAGCUCUUAGGAAGGUCUCAGCAGCCAGCGGCAUGGCAGAGGGGAACAGGUCCUAUAGCGAGAUGGCCAAAGAUGAUAUUCACGGAGUUCGGGCAGAUCACCUGGAUAUCGUGGAGACUGCAAACACCAUGCAGCGGGUCUUCCAGAGCCUGGAGGAGCGGAGGAAGGAAAUCACAGAGUACUGGACCCUAGGAAGCUUAAGGGACCAGAUCAGUGUGACAAAGGAAUCCAUACAGGACAGAAUCCGCUUUGCAGGUCUGCUGGAGAAGCAGUUAGCUGGCCUGGAAGGGUCUUUCCACACCCUGCAGCUCAGAAUCAUCAAGUUACUGGCAAGAUGACUGCAGCAAUACACAGCACAUUCUGAAAAAAACUUACUUGCAUGCAUGCCUUCCUACUUGCUUGUCAAUCUCAAAUUAAAACCAUGCUCUGCUUGUAAUGAGAUAUAAACUACCAGUCAAAAGUUUUAGAACACCUCCACUUUUCUGCUGUGGUAGCAGUUUUGGUUCAGGGUGCCACUCACUCUGUGCAAGUCACUGACUCUAGAUCCAGCAAAAGAGCCCCAGAUCACCACGCUUCCUACUCCAUGUUUGACUGUUGGUGUCACACACCGAGGAACCAUCCUUUCACCUACUCGACGGCGUACAAAAACCCUGCCUGAUGAACCGAAGAU